CUUCUCCGCACCACCAAACCCCGGGUCAUGGCACGAUAUCGCGAUUGAUACUGACACCGCGUUGUAUACUCCUCACGCAUGCUGCUAUCGGCAGAGCCCGAUUCCGCGUGAGCCGGAUGGAGUGAGGAUGACGGACAUUGUCGAGAUGAGUCGGUCGGAUUAAGAUGCAGUGCCCUGCGAGAGUAUAAGAAGGCCGUUGUGCCACCCUGUAUCCCCAUCAUCACCAGCAUCAAGCAUCUCAACAAUUCAAGCAAAGAAUCUACUCCUCGCAUCAACCUCUUUACCACCACAAUGGCCCCCGUUCUCAAGAAGUACAAGGCUGCCGCCGUCAACGCCGAGCCCGGCUGGUUCAACCUGGAGGAGUCCACGCGCCGGACCAUCCACUGGAUCAACGAGGCCGGCAAGGCAGGCUGCAAGUUCAUCGCCUUCCCCGAGCUCUGGAUCCCCGGCUACCCUUACUGGAUGUGGAAGGUGACCUACCAAGAGAGCCUGCCGCUGCUGAAGAAGUACCGGGAGAACAGCCUGGCGUCGGACUCGGAGGAGAUGCGGCGGAUCCGCGAAGCCGCGCGGGCCAACAAGAUCUUCGUCUCGCUGGGCUACUCGGAGCUGGACCUGGCCAGCCUGUACACGACGCAGGUGAUGAUCUCGCCCGCCGGGGAGAUCAUCAACCACCGCCGCAAGAUCCGCGCCACCCACGUCGAGCGCCUGGUCUUCGGCGACGGCACCGGCGACACCACCGAGUCUGUCAUGCAGACCGAGAUCGGCCGCCUGGGCCACCUCAACUGCUGGGAGAACAUGAACCCCUUCAUGAAGGCGUACGCCGCCUCGCUCGGCGAGCAGGUCCACGUCGCCGCCUGGCCGCUCUACCCCGGCCGCGAGACCCUUAAAUAUCCCGACCCGGCCACCAACAUCGCCGAGUCCAACUGUGAUAUGGCCCAGAUCGUCACCCCCGCCUACGCCAUCGAGACCGGCACCUACACGCUCGCCCCCUGGCAGACCAUCACCGCCGAGGGCGUCAAGCUCAACACGCCCCCGGGCAAGGAGCUCGACGACCCCAAGAUCUACAACGGCCACGGCCGCAUCUUCGGUCCCGACGGCCAGAACCUCGUGCCCCACCCGAGCACCGACUUCGAGGGUCUGCUGUUCGUCGAUAUCGACCUCGACGAGUGCCACCUGUCCAAGUCCCUGGCUGACUUUGGCGGCCAUUACAUGCGCCCUGACCUGAUCCGCCUGCUGGUGGACACCAACCGCAAGGACCUGGUCGUGCGCGAGGACCGUGUCAACGGUGGGGUCGAGUACACCCGCACCGUCGAUCGGGUGGGCUUGUCCACCCCGCUGGAUGCCCCUGCUCCUGCUGAGGAGAACUAAGGAGAGCUAAGCCGGCUUAGACGAAUCUCCACUCUGUAUUAUACUGAUUAGAAAUUGAUUGUUUUUGUU